AGCCUCUUUCCUGGAAACUUUGUAUUCAACAUGGACCACCAAUUCCUCUGCUUUCCAGUCCUUUUCACUGUCUUUCUUUUCAUCCUCACGGUAUUGAGAAUGAGGAAGAAAUCAAAAGGCAAAAACUCAUCUCCAAAUCUACCACCAGGACCGUGGAAAUUGCCACUGAUAGGGAGUAUGCACCAUUUAGUUGGCUCCUUACCCCACCAAUGCCUGAGAGACUUGGCUAAAAAGUAUGGACCUCUCAUGCACCUUCAACUUGGUGAAGUUACUAACAUUGUUAUUUCUUCACCUGAAACUGCUAAACAUGUGAUGAAAACCCAUGAUGUCACAUUUGCUCAAAGGCCCUUUCUCCUUGCUGCCAGUAUUGUGGCUUAUGAAUUUUCAGACAUCGCAUUCGCUCCUUAUGGAGACUAUUGGAGACAAAUGCGAAAAAUUUGCACGCUGGAGCUGCUAACGGGGAAAAGAGUGAAGUCGUUUAGAUCAAUCCGGGAAGAAGAAAUGUCAAAACUCAUUAGGUCCCUGUCUUCUAGUGCAGGAUCGCCAAUCAACUUUAGCAAGAUGUUCAGUUCUUUAACCUACAGCAUCACUUCUAGAGCAGCCUUUGGUAAGAUAUGGAAGGGAGAAGAAACCUUCAAAUCAGCAGUCAAAAAACUCAUACAAUUGGCUGGCGGUUUCACUCUUGCUGAUGUCUACCCGUCCAUCAAAUUGCUUCAUGUGAUCAGUACGACGAGGCCUAAAUUAGAGAGGCUUCGUCAAAUAAUAGAUGAGAUAUUUGACAACAUCAUCUAUGAGCAUAAAGCUAGAAAGGCAGCAGCAAAAUCUGGUACUGAUAGUGAAGAACAAGAUUUCGUAGAUGUCCUCCUGAAUUUUCAGGAUGGUGCAGACCUUGAAUUCCCUUUAACAAACGACAACAUAAAAGGAGUCAUCCUGGACACCUUCAUUGCUGGUAGUGAGACAUCAUCUACAACUGUAGAAUGGGCAAUGUCUGAGAUGCUAAAAAAUCCAAGAGUGAUGGAAAAGGCACAAGCUGAGGUGAGGAUGGUCUUUGGUAUAGAAGGAAACAUUGAUGAAGAAAGACUUCAUGAACUGCACUACUUAAAGAUGGUAAUCAAAGAAACUCUAAGACUACACCCUCCUAUUGCAUUGCUACUUCCAAGAGAAUGUAGGGAGAAUUGUGUGAUUAACGGUUACGACAUUCCUGUAAAGUCCAAAGUUACAGUGAACGCAUGGGCAAUUGGAAGGGAUCCCGAUUAUUGGAUUGAAGCAGAGAGAUUUUAUCCAGAAAGAUUUCUCAAUAGUUCAAUAGAUUAUAAGGGUAAUAACUUUGAAUUAAUCCCAUUUGGUGCUGGAAGGAGGAUGUGUCCAGGAAUAUUGUUUGGCAUGGCUAAUGUUGAGUCUCCACUUGCACGGUUGCUAUACUAUUUUGAUUGGAAACUCCCUGCUGGGCUGAAGCCAGAAAAUCUUGACAUGCUUGAAGUUUUCGGUGCUGCAGUGAAAAGAAAGAACGAGCUCCAGUUAAUUCCCAUUCCAUACUUUCCUCCACCUCCACCAGUGGAGUAAAAUAUCAUUAUAUGUUAGUUUGAUAUCAGCCAGCUAGUCAAAUGAACAUAUGGUUCAAAUGACAAUUCAAUUUCUCCUUUCGGAGAUUCAAGUGCAUUGUAGCUGAUGAAAAUUUGCAGAGGUAUUCAGUUUUAUUUAUGUUCAAUUGGGACUUCAAAUAAUUUUCUUUCAAAAACUUAUGGUUCAAGUGUGAACUACAUUUUAGGUAUUAACAGAGGGCCUCAAGCCUUUCUUUGAAAAGCUACUACCUCUUGAACUACAAUAACAAACACCUCAUACGACACUGGGCAAUAGCAUUUUUUGGUCAAAUACAAAAGAGAUUUGAGAAGCUGAGAAGACAGGUGGGAAUUUUUCUUUCCUUGACGCUCCAGUUUGAGAACAAGGUUAUCAAUUAUAUCUGUUAACCAAAUUGCAGCCUACUGAUGGGUUUGAGCUACUAGCAUUAGCUAAACGCUGGAACACUGCUUCCAGGAAUUCAAAAUAACUGUUCAGGCAAGUAAAAGCAUUCUGAAAAUAGAAUUACUUGCUUCGCUUUUAAGACAAUAUCACUGUAAAUGAUAAGCUUCACCUGAUUCCUUCUCCACAACAAGUAUGUAUUUGGCAACAUUAACAAUAUCUAUGCACAAUAGUUAGGGGAAAACAGCAAUCAAUAAUGCUAUUCAUAAAGUAUUCCAUGUAUAAAGCAUUAAACUGAAUUAU